UUCAAGCAGCUGGGAAGAUGGCAGACAUUCAGACUGAGCGUGCCUACCAAAAGCAACUGACCAUCUUUCAAAAUAAGAAGAGGGUCCUGCUUGGAGAAACUGGCAAGGAGAAGCUUCCAUUAUAUUCCAAGAACAUUGGCCUGGGCUUCAAGACACCAAAGGAGGCCAUGGAGGGCACCUACCUUGAUAAGAAAUGCCCUUUUACUGGUAAUGUCUCCAUCCGAGGGCAGAUCCGGUCUGGCGUGGUGACCAAGAUGAAGAUGCAGAGGACCUUUGUCAUCCACCAAGACUACCUUCACUACAUCUGAAAGUACAACCGCUUCUAGAAGCACCACAAAAACAUGUCUGUACACCUUUCCCCCUGCUUCAGGGAUGUCCGAAUCAGUGACAGUGUCACAGUGGGCGAGUGCCGGCCCCUGAGCAAG